AUCAGUAGAUCUGGACUCAGUUUGACCGCUGCCUUCUUUCAGACAGUAGAAUUGGUAUGAACUCAAACAUAUAAACACACGCAAACAUUUCCUUUUAAUUUACUGGUAAAUUGUUCUUUUCAUCUUGCUAUUACGCCUUGAGAAUUCAACAUCAGCUUUUUAGUUUUACUUAAGAUUUUUUUUUUUUUUUUUUUUUUUUUUUAAACUGGAAAGCAAAUUAGGGAAGAAAGGGUCAUAUCUUUGAGUGCUGCAAAUCUUAUAUGUAAGUCAAUAUGGAUGUGCAUUUAAAGAAUUUGUUCUCUAGAUUUCAAGAACAAUUCGGGUCUGGCCCGGGACUCGGUCCUGGAUCCGGAGCAUGCCUUAUGAAGGUGGAUGGCAUUGCACCACCUUUCAUUAAGUCACUAUAUAAAGCUGCGGCAGCCCUGUAUAGGACUGAUCCGUGGAGGCGGUUGCGCCCGGGCCAUCUUUUUGGUGUUAAGGCAGGAAAGGAUUCAGAUUGGUAUGGUAGAAAACAGCCAUUUCCAUGCAUUCAAUUUAUUGGGGGAGAUGGUGGAGAUUUAGGGUUUCACAUGUUUAAGUCUGAAAUUGAUGCAAAGAAAAUGACAGGCUCGAGGGAGACGAUUAGGGUUCCGAAUGUAGAGCUUCUGAGAGUGACUUUCGAGGCGGAGUCUGUGAUGUUUCCUUCGAACAAGAGAAUGAUCAAAUCGUUGUCUUUAGAGGUGUCUGGUGAAAAUCGGUUUCCGGUUAUUGAUGUGGCUCGAUGUACUGAAUCUGGUGAGAUUCAGUUUAGAAAUCCAACGCUUGAAGAGCUUAGAUUUGUUUACGCCUUUAUGAAGGCGAUUUUGUUACUGCACCCCCUGCUUCGACAAGAUUUUGAAACAGGUCCAAAGUGGUCUAGAUUGAUAAGUUUUCAGCCAUUUAUUGAAACAGUUGAUGUUCAAUGGCCUGCAGAAAUGGCCAGAGGGAACGAUCUUGUUGCAGUUACUAUCUCACACCCUCCCGGCCAUGGGUAUGAGGAAAAGAAUAGUUCAAGAGGAUUUGAGGAUAAGUAUAGUUCAAGAAGCUCGACUCCUACGAAGUAUUCAGAAUCGCCAAGAGAGGAGACAUUUUAUGAAGUCGAAGUAAAUUCAAUGAUUAGCUUGAGGCAAUGCUCAAUGUGCGAAAAAGAGAUUGAAGAGGAGCAAUCACUUUGUUGUGGACGUUGUCGUGCAGUAAUUUACUGCACUUCUCUCUGCCAGCAGCAGCACUGGAUUGUAGCACACGAGGACACGUGUGGACUUUACAAGGCAAUGAUGGAAAGGGAAGAGGAGUUGGCAAUGAAGAUCUUCACGUUUGAUUGUUCAGUCGAACAACCCUGCAAAUGGCUCGAAUCACUGGGAAUACACCGAAAGGGCAUGUGGAGAAGGAAAUGCCAUUGUUAUUCUCACUGUCCAUUUGGCCUACUUCCUGUUAAAGAUGGACUUUGGGAUUCAUGGGGUAGCCUAGAUGAUGGCGAAUAUCCUCAUGAUUCACCUUUCGACAAUAAUCUAAGGGAUGGACUGUUGAGCCCAAUAAUUCUUUCUGGUUGGUUUGAGUACUAUAGCCUUCGCUCGCUGCCACUCUCAAGCCCUGUGGCUGACAUUCUUUCUCACCCCCUGACAUUAUAUCAUAUACUGACCGCACUUAACAUCAGUUCUAAAAAUCUUUUACUCAAAGGCAAAGAGGUGAUCCUUCAUUACCUUGGACCCGAAGGGGAACUGGAUUGGAUUCCAGCAUUUGCUGAAAUCGGUCAUUUACUCAAUGGUGUUGGCAAUAUACAGAUAGCUAUGGUAGGACCUGGUGUCCCAACAAAUUUGUCCGGGACAACUUCCGGAAUAAGUAGCCGAGUGAGGGUAAACCUAAUACAAGGUGUUUAUCAGGAGGUGGCCACCUACCUUCCUACUCCCCAUCUAAUUGUGGCUUUAAAUAGUGGAUUAGAGACCUAUUCAAGUUGGGGUGGAGCCCUUGACUUGAUAAAGUCUAUGAAUACUCCAGCUUUUUUCACGGAAGAGUCUGAACUCUCAUGCUCUAACGCAAAGCAAGGGCUUUUCGCUGCUGGGCUUUAUAUUAGCUAUCCGGUGACACCAAAUCCUUUCCGUUCUCCGGUGAGGAAUUAUGGGCCUUUCAACAAUCUUCCGUCAUACAGCAAUGGUUUCGUGUUUGGAGUAAAUACGUAAUCUACAAGUUUGCAGGGAUCAAGCAGAAGUUUCUUGUUGUAUUUCCCACUUUCUGGUUUUCAGACAACGGCACUGGAUUGGUAUCAAUAUACUUAAUAGAUAUCUGUAUUUUGUAUCUUACACUGGUCUUCGGUCAUAAUCAAUUCUUAUUUUCCAAGUAUUGUUAUGAAAUAUCAAACUGUUGAAUUGUAGGUAACCAGUUCUUAAGCAGUUUAAUUUUUACUUUC